UGUCAUUUGUCAAUUCCAAUUUUUAAGUUCAAAAAGUCGUUGAAGUUAUUUUGAAAAAUUAGAAACUUCUUGAAUUACUUUUAAUUGAUUGAUUGAUUAAAAUGUCUUCAGAUAAUGAAGACGCAAUAGUUGCACCUUGGGUGGGAUCUUUAUCAAGUAAAAAUGUGUUAACAGUUGUAGUUGUUUCGACGAAUGUAGAAAUUAUAGAGAGAAUUGCUGAAGCACUUACAGAUGUACAUACAAAAGGUACAUAUAAAUGGAAACUUAUAACUCUACGUUCCUUCGAUUUAGAGAAACUUGUCGAAGUAUCAAAUUUAACAGGAAAAAUGGGAAUGGACUUUGUUAUUUUAGCUAUGGACACAAAUAUAUUGUUUUGCUUGGAAUGGACUAAGAAUGCAUUGAGUCAGGUCGAUCCUGACCUUAGAGCUCGUCGAGUUGUGUUAGUAAAUGCUGGUGGAGCACCUGUAAAUGCAAUGGCAGUCAGUGCAAGUGAUUUAAUAGCAUUUUCUACGGAAGAAAAUUUGGACAUGUUGAGUGCAAAUGUGUUUGUGCAACAUGAAGCUUUGUCAUUAGCUCAAAGACUAUUACGAUAUAUGGAAGUGUCUAUUGGUGUUGAUACAGGGGUUCCUAAUUUAAACAUUUAAAGCCUUAAGUAUAUGUAGUGAGUAAAAUCAUCAUUAAUAUAACAUUACUUAGUAUUUAAUUUUAUUUCAAUACAAUUUCAUCUUAUGGUUAUCGCUUAAAUAUAAUGUGAUAUAGUGUCAAAAAGUGUCCAUCAGAAACUUGUUUCUCUGGCCAACAAACUGAACAUUUAUAAAAAAAUAAAUUGUACCUAAUCUACUUGAAAAAAAAUGACUAAUUGGAACAUUAAUUACAUGUCCAUUGAAUUAUAAGGUGAAUAAGUGGAUAAGUCAAUAAAACUAAUAUAAUUAGAAUUAUCAUUUAUUAUACUUCAAUUGUACUACAAAAUAAUAGGAAGUUUUCUACAGUUACAAUUAUAUAUUACAUAAAUAAUGAAACAAUUACAGCAGUCCCUCACAAAGCUUUCUCAGGCGCUUCUGAUAACAGUUAUAUUCAUGAAAAGAGUUCAACUUUGAUUCUUGCAACAUAAAUCAGUACGGAGAAAUAACCUUAAAUCUAAAUAAAAUACUGCUCAGUAAUAAUUUGUGUAAAUAUAUAUAACACAACCCUAUGACAUCUGAUUGAAUACAAAAUUGAGUAAAAAAAAAUCAUUCUGUAAUCAUUAUACACUAUGAAUAUUUGCAUUUUAUUGUUAAAAUAAUUGAAUAAAUGCAAAUUCACAUUUGAUAAUACAAUUUUUAUAUUUGCGAAUUUUGUGAAAACCCAACAUAAAUGGCUUUCUUUCUUUUUAAGUAUCUGCACAAGAGUUUUA